ACUGUGUUUAUGAUUACCACAUGCAGUGGUUGUGCAUAAGAAAGUGUGUGUUAUGCAUAACAUAUACAAUACUGAAAAAUAUGUAUUCACAGAAUAGGACGGCAUAUUUAGAUAUUUGGUAUAAAGGCUGAGGUCGUUGGGUUAGUUUUUGGCGCAGUUGUAGGAAAUAUAAAAACACUACAGAUAGCUGUUUAAGCUGUUGGAGGUACAUAGAAUUACAAUCAAAUGUAUACAAAAAAUCAAUAGUAUAAACUGAGUGUAAACAUAGGCUUAGGAGGAAUCGAAGAAAGUUAAAUUUAAUACGUUUGCUGAAUAUUCAACGAACAUUACCUUCGAUUAAAUACAAGAGGCAUUAAUUUUAAUCAUAAAAAUAUAAAAACAUUGUAUAUACAUUAAAUUAAGACUCAUAAUAUAAGACAUAAUGAUGGUUAGGGUAAGGGUACCUUUGACUGCACUGAAUGUAGGUGUGUUCACUGGUGUUUAUAAUCUGAAGUUUCACUAAAGCGCACCACUACAGAGCAGCACUUCUCUCUUUAGCUCUUCUAUCAUGAUGAACCCACUUUAGAAUAUCUGAUGUCAGGACCUGUUUAUCUGUUGUGUUUUAAUGUAAAGUAUUGACAGUUAUUUUAAACUGCUGGAGAAAAUGUUUUAUGUGAUUUUACUCUGUUGGUGCUCGUGGAGUCUGAUGGCAGUGUUUGGUUUGGAGUCUGUGUCAGUGACUGAAGGAGAGUCUGUUACUCUCUACAUGAAUAUCACUGAACGACAGAGGAAAGAAGGAAUCUCCUGGAAGUUUGGAGCUAAUAUAAAUAUAGAUAAAAGUCUCAUAGCUGAAAUCAAGAGUGGGAAUAAUGAAAUAAAGUUACAUAAAGAUAGACCUGAUGAGAGAUUUAACAACAGACUGAAGCUGGAUCAAACUGGAUCUCUCACCAUCACAAACACCACAAUCACACACUCUGGACUUUAUCAAAUAACAACCAGCAAAAACAAGACGCUACUCAACAAGACAUUCAACAUUACUGUCUAUACUCGUCUGCCUGUUCCUGUCAUCACUAGUGUCUCUUCACAAAACUCUUCAUUAUCUUUAGUGUCAAAUUGUUCUGUGUUGUGUUCAGUGAUGAAUGUGUCACAUGUGAGUCUCUCCUGGUACAAAAGAAACCGUUUAUUGUCAAGCAUCAUUGUGUCUGAUCACAGUAACAUCAACAUCUCUCUUCAUCUGGAGUGUCUGGAUGAUUCUUACACAUGUGUGCUGAACAAUCACAUCACAAACCAGACUCAACAUCUCAACACUGAUGUCUGUCAUAAGUGUUCAGGUGUCUUAGAAGACAACUUCUGCACUUGUGGUUUAACUGAAGCUGUGAUCCGAUUGGUCAUCUCUGCACUGGUAGGUGUGGCUACUGUUGCUGCUCUGGUUUAUGAUAUCAAAUCCAGAGGAGAUGAACAGAAGAAGAUGAGAUCAGACACUCAAAGUAAAUGACAGAUGAAUAUGUAGAUCUAGUUUUGGGCCCACAGUGUUUUAAAUAUGAAAUAGCAAACCUAAUUUUAUAGUCUAUUUUACAUUUUUUGUUUAUUUACAAGUCAUAUUCCUUUUUCAAAUCUAUUGUGUCUGUUGUGACUGCCAGUCAGUCACACCAGCAUUGGCAGGCAAUGUUGUUUGACUCAUGUAACCCAUAAACAAUGUCUGUUUCCGUUCUUCUGGCUUACAAUUAAUUAAUUUUAGCACACAUAUAAUUGAUUUCUUCAAUGGUACACAGACACAAAAACCAUAAGGUCUUUUACAUAUUCCUUUUCUCCUUGAUUCCACAUGCACAUAUUUUCUUUACCAAUGCACACUUCACGGUCAAAAACUGGUAUGCUCAUUCCCCACACCUGACUUUCAUUUCCUGUAACCAUUUACAGAUCUUUUGGCCAUCCAGUGUCCAUAGUAAGAAUAGCAUGGAAUGAAUGGCUCUUACAGUGUCGUUUUCAUUAUUUUAUAAAAUGUCAUGUUAAAGUUAAUAACUCUUUUCUUUUACAACUUGGCACUGGAUAAACUAUAACAAAACAUUAUUUUUUAUCGCAGUAGAAUAAAAAGUCACUGUCACCAUUUCUGCCUGUUCACUUUUACGGGACUACAUUUACCAGAAUUCUGUGUAUGCUGUCAGCCAUCUUGAUUGUCAUCCCCUCCUGAUCAUCAUACACCUUUUAGUUGGACUGUAUAAAUACUCACCCACGCCACAUGCUCACAGUUGGGCCUGAUGUUGUUGUGUUAUUAUUUUGUACUUACCUGUUGUUUGAGUAAGAAUUUACUGUGGAUUAUACUUACCGAUGUUUACUCACCUGAUGCCUUACUGCGGUGUCACUCCUCUUUUCCAGAUUUUAUUAAACCUUUUGUAUUUGCAUCUU